AUGGAGGAGGACCUCGGCCCUUGGGAGGAGCGGGUACCCUACGCCAGGUACCUAGCAGGCCUCCAGUGGAUCCAGGAGCACAUCCCUCAGGACGAGCUUUCGGGGACGUUCCCCAUCGAGGCCGACUUCCAGACCGCCUCCCGCCUCCUGCUGAGCCUCCGCGGGGGGUCCCGGGGGUGUCCCGCCGGCGCCUUCGCUUGGACCCCUCGAGCAGGGUACCGUCCCACCGGCGACGCCGUCACCGACGUGGGUGCGGCGCCGGCGCCGUUUCGGGAGGCAGCGCAGGGGUGGAUGGGCAGUGCCUGCUGGCCGAACGCUGGCAGGCAGCGAGAGCUGCGCCGGCCACCCAAUCGGAGGGACCCUCCUCGGCCCUGCAGGCGGCGGGUGCCCCCUUGGCGGGAAAUGUACUACGGGACGCUGGAGGCGAUCUUCGGGGUACUGGGAGCAACCAGGAAAGCCAGGCCCCGCCGGACCCUCCUCGGGACGCCUCUGGCGACCUUCGAGACGCUGGAGGCGAGCGUCGGGACGCUGGAGGCGACCUACGGGAUGCUGGAGGAGGCGAUCCUCGGGACGACGGAGGCGAGCUUCGGGACGAUGGAGGUGUUCUUCGGGGCGCGGGAGGCGCUCAACGGGACGCCCUUCGGAGCGCUGGAGGCGAUCUUCGGGACGCUGGCGAUCUCCAGGGCGCGCUUCGGGACGACGGUUACCUCCUGGACGCUGGCGAUCUUCGGGACGCGGGCGGUCUUCGGGACGCGGGGGACCCUCGGGGUGCUGGCGAUCGCCGGGACGGCGGCAGCCCAGAGGGUGGCGACGGCCCCGGCCCUGGAGUGGCCGGCGCAGCUCCCCGGAGGGGACUUCGACGUGUUCGGCCUGGUGACUCAGGCGGCGGCCCAGAGGGUGGCGGCAGUCCCGGCUCUGGAGUGGCCGGCGCGACGCCCCGGAGGGGACCGCGACGUGUUCGGCCGGGUGACCCAGGCGGCAGCCCAGAGGGUGGCGGCGGUCCCGGCCCUGGAGUGGCCGGCGCGACAACCCAGAGGGGACCUCGACGUGUUCGGCCUGGGGACCCAGGCGGCGGCCCAGAGGAUGGCGGCGGUCCCGGCCCGGGAGUGGCCGGCGCGACGCCCCGGAGAGGACCUCGACGUGUUCGGCCCGGUGACCCAGGCGGCAGCCCAGAGGGUGGCGGCCGUCCCGACCCUGACGCGGCUGCCGCGACGCCCUGGGGAGGGAGGAGACUGGCCUGUGCCGCCGGAGGCGCGGAGCGACCCGCAGCCCCCGGGAGCCUCUGGAGAUUUCGGCCUGGAUCGGCCUGUGCCGCCAGGGGCGCGGAGCUAUUACCCGCAGCCCCCAAAGUCCUGUGGAGAUUCUAGCUUGGAUCGGCCUGGGCCGCCGGAGGCGUGGGACGACCCGCAGCACCCGGAGGCCUCUGGAGGUUCGGGCCUGGAUUGGCCGGUGCCGCCGGAUGCGCGGAGCUCCCCGCAGCCCCCGGAGGCCUCUGGAGAUUUUGGCCUGGAUCGGCCUGGGCCGCCGGAGGCGCGGGGCUCCUCUCAGCCCCCGGAGGCCUCUGGAGACCUCGCCCUGGACCGGCCUGUGCCGCCCGCGGCGCGGAGCUACCCGCAGCCCCCAGAGGCCCCUGGAGGGACGACGACCUCGACCACGGCGGGCGGCCGUAUUAUUAAGGACUGCGGAGCAGCCAACGCGGAGACGGAGGGGGCCCCCCGGGCGCGCGAUACGGCCAGCGCCCAGGAGGCCCUGGCGAAAAACCCACCCACCCACCCGCGGGGGGGGCGAAGCCUGCGGCUAAACCCAUCUGAACGCCCUCACCCGGGCGGGGAGACUCCCGCCGCUGGCGCCGACUCAGAGGCCGAGCAGAAGGCCCUGGCGAGGGAGGACCCCGACGCCGACGGCAAGCUUGACCCCGACGACGACGGGGGCGAGGGCAUCGAGGUGGAGGACGUCGGCGAUCCGGAGAGUGGGAUGGAGGCCAUGGCUGCCACCGCGGUCCCGCUCGCGGAAUCGAGGGGAGGAAGACUGGAGGAGGCUGGGGCGCAGAUGGACGGGGAAGGUCCUGCCCUCGGCCUUGGAGUCCCGCUCCUGGGAGCCGCCGUGGGCGUUGCCCAAGGGGGCUUGGCUGCCGGCGGCCCUGGUGGCGAGCUGUUCGCGCCCGCGCUGACCUCGGCGACGCUCGCGCUGGCCGGCGGCGCCGACGCUGGCCUCGGCGGCGCGGGCGCCAGCGGCCCGGCUGACGGCUCCGGCGGGGCCCCCGACGGCCCCGGGGGGGGCCCAGGGAAUUCUGAGCGCGCAUGCAUGAGCGCUCAGAAUUCGUCCCUGGCGGCUCCCGGCGCGGCCCGGGCGCCCGCUGGCGCGGGCGGCGCGACCGCCGAGGAGGGCGGCGCGGCGGCGGAGGAUCGCGAGGGCGAGGCGCGGACCCCAGAUCAAGGCCCAGCAGCCCCUCCGCGCUGGCGCGACCCCGGCACGCCUCUGGGCGGCGAGCGGCCAGCGGCAACCAGCCCAGACCUGGUCGGGGAUGGCCCUGGCGCAGUGCCCUUGGGCGGGGGGCCGUCGCCGCGCGCCGACGCCGAGCUCCCCGACGUAGAGCCGCUGCCGCCGCUGCUGGCCGCUGCCGCCGCAGGCCCGCCAGAGGUGGGCGUGCCGCUCGAGCGCUCCGCGCAGGCGUCGCAGAGCCAGCGAGCGGUGCCAGGCGGGAUGGCGCCAGCGCCGCUGGACCCCGCCGGAGCGCCUGCCGACGCGGCC